GAGUGGUUAAAUCCCCCUCAUCCUGGCUGCUGGUCACACCUGCACCAUGCCUGCCUGUCGCCUAUGUUUGCUGGCCGCAGGCCUCCUACUCGGGCUGCUGCUGUUCACCCCCCUCUCAGCCACAGGCACCGGAGCAGAGAAACCCGGCGUGUGCCCCCAGCUCGAACCAAUUACAGACUGCACGAAGGAGUGCGCCUGGGACAAGGACUGCGCAGACAAUCGCAAGUGCUGUCCGGCCGGCUGCAGCUCUGUCUGCUCCAACCCUAAUGGACAGACCGAAGGAGAGCCCUCAGGAACCAAGCUCUCUGAGACGGGUACUACUACUGUAUCAGCUGGCCUUGCCCACACUACUCUACUGUCGGGAGGUCAAGUCUCCACGAAGCCACCGGCUGUGACCAGAGAAGGAGGCAACCGAGAAAAGAAGGGCACCUGCCCCAGCGUGGACUUCCCCAAGCUCGGCCUCUGUGAGGACCAGUGCCAGGUGGACAGUGAGUGUCCUGGCAACAUGAAAUGCUGCCGCAAUGGCUGUGGGAAGAUGGCCUGCACCACACCCAAAUUCUGAGCUUCAGCCACCUGAGGAAUGGAGAGAGGUUGCUUCUGCUGGACUGUGCAUCUGGUGUCGUUGUCGUUCCAGUGGCCUCCUUUCUCUCUGGUUUUGCAUUUCUUCCUGGUCCCACAAAAGCAUCUCCUUUUUCCAACCAAUAAAGUGAUCACUUUUAGCAAUGGAGAAGCUAUAA